AUGACAGGAGCAACUACCGAGUUAGGAAGGAGCCGUGUAAACAACAGAGCAAUUGGCUUUUGAUUUUACGUAUGUAAUGUUAAUGUUUAUGUAGUCAUGUUCAGGUUGACUUGACUAUUUAAGAAUUUGACGCAUUGACUAUCUGUAACACAGCGCCAAUUGAUUAGAUCUACACUACAACGCCAUGAGUAAGCCAAAUAAUUUACAGAAAGCCAUCGACUUGGCAAAUAAAGCAUCUGACGAGGACAAAGCCAAAAACUAUGAGGAGGCGCUUCGUCUGUACCAGCAUGCAAUACAGUACUUCCUUCAUGUGGUGAAAUAUGAAGCGCAGGGGGACAAGGCCAAGCAGAGCAUCAGGGCCAAGUGUGGGGACUACCUGGCGCGGGCAGAGGAGCUGAAGGUCUACCUGAAGAAGAUGGAGAGCUCCCCACCUGCUAAACCUGUCAAGGUCUCAGACAACAAAGGUAGUGACAGUGAUGGCGAAGACCAGGAGAAGAAGAAGUUCCAAAGCCAGCUUCAAGGUGCGAUUGUCAUGGAGAAGCCAAACAUAAAAUGGGAUGAUGUGGCCGGUUUGGAAGGUGCAAAAGAGGCAUUGAAAGAAGCCGUCAUCCUCCCCAUCAAGUUCCCUCAUCUGUUCACUGGUAAAAGGACUCCAUGGCGAGGCAUUCUGCUGUUUGGUCCUCCUGGCACUGGGAAGUCGUACCUGGCGAAGGCCGUUGCCACCGAGGCGAACAACUCCACCUUCUUCUCCAUCUCAUCCUCAGACCUGGUGUCCAAGUGGCUCGGGGAGAGUGAGAAGUUGGUGAAGAGCCUGUUCAGCAUGGCCCGGGAGCACAAGCCUUCCAUCAUCUUCAUUGAUGAAAUCGACUCCCUGUGUGGCUCACGCAGCGAGAACGAGAGCGAAGCUGCGCGCCGCAUAAAGACAGAGUUCCUUGUCCAGAUGCAAGGUGUUGGGAAUGACAAUGAAGGUAUUCUUGUGCUUGGAGCUACCAAUAUCCCCUGGACUCUUGACUCUGCUAUAAGAAGAAGAUUUGAGAAGCGCAUCUACAUCCCUUUGCCGGAAGAAAAUGCUCGCUCCACGAUGUUCAAGCUUCACCUGGGCUCUACGCCUAAUGAGCUGAAUGAGGAGGACUUCAAGACCCUGGGCAAUAAGUCGGACGGCUACUCUGGCGCUGACAUCAGCAUUGUGGUCCGAGACGCGCUCAUGCAACCUGUUCGCAAGGUGCAGUCAGCCACUCACUUCAAACGGGUGAGAGGAACGCGAUGGAACAAUCCAGAUGUUAUGGAUAACCUAUUGACCCCAUGUUCUCCAACUGACCCCAAUGCCAUUGAGAUGACGUGGAUGGAUGUAUCAGGAGAUGAACUUUUGGAACCUGUAGUUUCCAUGAAGGACAUGUUGAACUCUGUUGAGAAGACCAAACCUACAGUGAAUGAGGACGACUUGAAGAAACUUAAACAGUUCACAGAAGACUUUGGCCAAGAAGGAUGAUUACCUUUGGCGUUAUCAAAAUAUAAUGCAUUAUUUUGUUUGUUUGUAUUAUAUUGUUUUCAUACGUAUGAAAGUGCCAUGGGUUGUCUGGAUGUACGUACUUUUGCACAAAUGUGUACAAACAGUUGAAUUAGUUUGUUGAAUGUUGACCUUUGGGUAUUAUUCACAUUUUUGAGGAGGGUUCCCCAUUGAAAAGAUAAAAUACAUUAGAAUAAUACACAUACAAUAUAAAUGGCUAUAUUAUAUAAUCAUAUGAAAGAAAUGGGGCAUUUUUUUAGGUAUGUGCCAUAAAGUAAGCACUCACACAUAUUUCAUGUACUGUACGUACAUGUAUAAUACAAUGUGCCUUACUGUAUACUGUGGGACAAUGAGGAAUAGGCCUAACAGCUUUACAUGUUACAGCAAGUCACAUGGGGCCCCAUACGAAUGAUUUUGUAAGUUUUAUAUACAUAGAUCUUUUCUGUGCAGAUCAUCCAGGUGUAUUCUGAAGUCUCUUAUUUAUCUGUCACAUACACAAAUCAUUUGAUUGUUAAACCUUUUUUUAUACUGGCCCUUAAACCUCAAGUGAUAUCCA